CACAGACGCAUAAUCUGCUCUCAAUUCUGUCUUUAGGGCUUCGAUUGGGUCUGCUCGAUCAACUGAUAUCGAUUACGUUCAGUCUCAGAGCGAUAAAGAAGUCAACGCAGAUCUAUACGACUAAAGCUUUGAUCUGUGCUUGCAGCGUGUGGCGGAGUGUGUAAGAGAGAGAGAGAGAGAUGGAGGUGAUCCAGCAUUUUAGCCACGAGGAGCAUCCCUUGAUGUUUGUGGAAGAGUUUGAAGAUGAAGGUGUUUGCUCAGGUUGCAAUAAAUCAGUAUGCGCUCCUGCCUACAAAUGCUUUCACUGCAACUUCUUCCUUCACAAGUCCUGCGCCGAGUUAUCCACAGAAAUACAACACCGUGCGCAUCCAAACCACAUCCUUGUUCUUCAAAAACCAUCAAAGUCUAAAAUUUGUGAUGUCUGCCGUAAGAAUUGCGAAAGAUGCUUCUUCUACCACUGCAAUAGUUGCGAUUUCGACCUUGACAUCGAAUGUGCUUCCAUUUGGGGAACAAAUACUGACGACGGUCACCAACACAAAUUCGUUCCCAUCAUUCAACAGAUCCACUUUACCUGUGAAAUCUGUGGUGAGUAUCGCAACAGCUUUGCCCAGGUAUGUCGCAUUUGUCGACUCUUGGCUCACUCUAAAUGUACUCUAAAUCCACCUAGCAUAAAAAUUAUGGCAGAUCGUCAUUCACUCACUCUCAUCUAUUCACUUGGACAAGUGAUGAAGAAGCACGAUGCUCGUGCAUUCUGUAACCUCUGCAUUAAAAAGAUCAAUCUCAGUUGUGCGGGUUAUUAUUGUCAAAAAUGUGAUUUCGUAGCCCACUUGCAUUGCGCACACAGAAAUUGGAUUGGAGCAAGUAGUGAUACCACCAUAGACUCAAGCAUAGAGGAGGAGGGUAUCGACUUUGAAGAGGGUGAAGAAAGUGAGGAGCUCAAACAUUUUGAUCAUGAUGAACAUAACUUAAUCCUCAGCCGCAACCAAGUCGAUGUUCAUCAUAAUAAGCUCUGUGAAGGUUGUAUGCAACUAAUUUCUGCCCCAUUUUAUAGCUGUGAGCAAUGCAAUUACUUUCUCCAUAGCGCAUGUGCUCGACUGCCCUUAAAGAAGCGACUCCCAAAUCACCCACAUCUGUUUACCCUCUACCCAUGCGGAUCUGACAUUGGUAAGACAGCACAUUGUUUCACUUGUCAUCGUCGUAGCAAUGGCUUCUUUUAUAUAUGUUCCGAAGGUGAAUGCAGUCUUGAUAUCCGAUGUUGUUUGAUUCCAAUACCCUUGAAGCAUGAGGGUCACCAGCACUCCCUCUUCCUUGCUCCAAGUUCAGAUCAAAAGUGCAAUUCUUGUGAGGGGCCCAAGGGCCCCAGUCGUGUAUUUGUAUGCAAGGAAGGCGAUUUUGUCUUGGGUUUUGAAUGCGCAACACUCCCACUCAAAGUUAAGUAUGAACAUGACUCACAUCUCCUCUCACUCACUUAUACUGCCAAAAACGAUUAUGAAGAAUAUUAUUGCCUAAUUUGUGAAGAAGAAAGAAAUUCAAACUAUUGGUUCUAUUACUGUAAAAAAUGCGACUUUACUGCUCAUCCUCGAUGCGUAGUUGGGAGGUAUCCCUACAUUAGGUAUGAAAGAGAUUUUACAUGGGAAAAUCACCAACACCCUCUUAAUUUUGUCCGAAGAAGUAAGGACUCUCGCCCAUGUGAUGCAUGCGAUAAAAUUUUUGAUGAUGAUUUGGCUUUAAACUGUAGACAAUGCAAAUUCAUCAUCCAUCCGUGGUGGACCUGUAUGGGCAAGAUGGGUAUAUGAUAACUUCUUAGCACUGAUUAGAAAAAUAUCUUUUUGUAGUUGGUUGUACUAGCCAGCACAUUUGUUUCCAUGCUAGAGAGAGUUCCUAAUAAUUGUAUAAUUUAUUUCAUCAUAUACUUUGAUUGAAUUUUUGUUUUAUUUUUUGAUAUAUGUUACAAGUUUGGUGAUAAGUGGACGAGUAAUAUUGAUGACUAUCAUUAAUUAUAUAUUUAGUAUGGAAGAAAUUUUACAUAUGAACGCCACCAACGCGGUCUAGCCUUCAUUGAGAGAACUCACGACUCUUCUCCAUGUGAUUUCUGUGGUAAAAUUUUCAUAUGCCUCCUUGUUAUUAGUAUUAGAAAAUUAUUACUUUGACGAUGUGGCCCUACAAUGUAUUUCUGUCUUUGCAAAUUGACUCU